AGCCCGACCGAGGCCGGCGCUGAGUGGGUGGGGAAGGCGGGAUCGGCCUCGAGGCGAGGCGAGGCGGCGGCCACUCGCCAGGCCUCACACUCGCCCUCCCCACGGCUGGCAGCAGGGCCGCGGCUUAGCCGGGAUGAACUCGCGGCUGCGGCACUGGCGGGAGGCGGCCACGGUGCUUCUGGCGGCCGGCGGCGUCGGCCCGGCGUGUGGCGGGGCUUCCGCUCGGCUGCCGGGCGCCUUGGCCUCCUCCUCCUCCUCGCCGCCGCCGUCGUUCGACUACGAGCUGCUGCUGCUGCGGCGAAGCGCUGGCAGCGGUUUCAUGCCCGGCGCCUACGUCUUCCCGGGCGGCACGGUGGACGCGGCCGACUUCUCGGCCGAGUGGCUGCAGCUGCUGCCGGAGCCGCCGCCGCGCUGCGGGCUGGGCCCGGUGAAGGGUCCGCGGGCGCCGCUCUUCGCCACCGAGCGCUCCGAGCUGGGCGGCUCGCCCUUGCCGGGGGACGUGGCUUUCCGCAUCUGCGCCAUCCGGGAGACCUUCGAGGAGGCCGGCGUCCUCUUGCUGGCGCCCGCCGCCGAGGGAGGGAGGCCCGGCCCGGCCUGCGACGGCAGCCCGGCUCGCCUGCUGCCCGCCGAGCGCCUCCCGCCGGCCUCGGAGCUGGCCGAGUGGCGGCGGCGGGUGCAGCGGCAGCCGGGCGCCUUCUUGCAGCUCUGCCGGCACCUGCGCUGCGUGCCCAACAUUUGGGCGCUGCACGAGUGGAGCAACUGGCUGACCCCCGCGGGCCGAGGCGGCCGCCGCUUCGACACCGCCUUCUACCUCUGCUGCCUCGGGCAGAGCCCGCCGCCCGCCUCGCACGACCAGGCCGAGGUCACGGCCUGCAAGUGGACAAAGCCCUCGGAAGCCAUUGAACUUUUUAAGUCUCAAGACAUCUGGAUACCACCUCCUCAGUUUUAUGAAUUGUGCAGACUCUGCAACUUCCCUUCCCUUCGCGAUUUGCAUAGGUUUGGCUUUGAGCGAGCUGUAGAAGGAUGUGAACGAUGGAUGCCUGUUCUGUUGAUCGCUUCUGAUGGCUUCAUGCAAAUAUUACCAGGUGAUGAACUAUAUCCCGAAGAUCCAGAUUUUACUGGAGAAAGAAAGCUGACGUUGUCCACAAAUAAAAAGACUGAAGAUGUCUUGAAAGAGGCCAUUAGGCUUCACCGCGUAGUGAUACAAGACCUUAAUAAAAUUGCAAUUCAUGUGAAUAUCCCAUCCAAAUAUAAACACAUCAAUCCGUUGCCACUGGACUCUAAAAUGGGAAACAGUACAGAUUGCAGUAGCAAAUUGUAGUCUUCUUUUUGCCAUUGCCAUUUCUAAAAUAGGUUACGUAUUCUUUAUUUUAAACUGGUACAUGAGAGUUGCCGAAUAGACUGUCCCAGAGAGGUUCAGAUCUUGCCAGAGAACGUAUGUUUUGAGAGCAGUGGUAAUUAAAAUAUUCUUAUGCCACUUGAUAUACCUCAGGCCUGAUAUCAGUGAUAUAAGGCUUCAGUCUGAGUAAUUAUUUCUCUCUGGAUGUCUUUGCAAUUGUGCCAGUUCUGCAAUAGGGACAUCUGUCUACUAAGUACUUGGCCUUAAUCUACACAUUUAUGAAUUUGGGACACUGAUGAGCCUGUCGGACAGUAUUGGAUCAUGACCAGCUAUAGCCAUUUGUCAAUUGCUGGUUGAGCUGAAGACCUUCAGUAUUGAUGCAGCUCACCAUCCUGGAACAAUUCCAUUUUCCUCAUUAAAAAUGUAGACUCCCUGUUUUUUUAAAUAGUAAAUCCCAUUGAACUGCCUCCAAAUAACGGUGCUUAGGAUUGUAGAUACAUACUACAAUCCUUCAAGUUAUUAUUAAUUAUUCCCAGGUCACAAGCUGUACUUCUGGAAGGUACUUUAUGGGUGCAUUAACACAUUAGUGCUGUCAAUAUUUCAUGGGACAAAUGAUGGGAUUUUCAGUUUGAAAUGUCAGUUGUGCAUUCAAGUUACCCGUUUUGCUAAAAAUUUGUCUUAAAGAUAAAUAUAUUCACCAACAUUAUUUGCAUCCAUCCGAAAAAUCUCAAAAUGUUGCUUUUUUCAGUUUGCCUUUCAAAUUGUUAGUGUAUAUGUUGAUUCCAUGUAUACCUCAAGUGUCCCAAAUAAAGAUCCACAACAGUUUA